GAAACUCUUCAUCGGAGGCCUGAGUUGGGAGACAACAAUCGCCGUUAUGGAGAAGUGACUGAUUGUGUGGUUAUGAAGAAUGCAGACACCGGGCGCUCACGUGGUUUUGGUUUUGUCACAUUCAAAGACCCCUCUUCUGUACAGAUAGUGAUAGCCAGCGGUCCGCACAUUCUCGACGGCCGGACGAUUGACCCGAAAGAGUGUAACCCAAAGAGCGCACAAAAAGGCAAACGGGACGCAAAAGUGGGAAACUUUCCCAAAGUAUUUCUCGGAGGACUUCCACCGAAUGUGAAUGAAUCGACUCUCAGAGACUUCUUCUCCAAAUAUGGAAAAGUGGUCGAAGUGGUGAUAAUGUAUGAUCAGGAGAAAAAGAAAACUCGAGGCUUUGGAUUCUUGUCCUUUGAUAAUGAAGACACGAUAGACAAAGUUGUGCAAGAUCAUUUUGUCACCAUCAGUGGAAAGCAGUGUUUAAGACAUCGCAUGAGAGAGGGGUUUAAGGUUGAAAUCAAAAGAGCCGAACCCAGGGAUAAGGCGACUGGAAAACCGCUGACAAGUCUAAUGGCAGGCAAUCCGAUGCAACAGCCGGGCGGCGGUCACCCUAUGUCUGGUGGAAUGCCUCCCUGGAACCCCAUGUGGGGACAUCAGUCGGGCCCCCCUAUGCAUGUACCCCCUCCUCCCGGCCAACCGCCUCCCCCUCAGAGCGGACCCCUUCCAGGAAUGCCUAAUGGGAUGAUACCGUCGGCAUAUCCGCCCUCCGCAUGGAAUUCAAGCCAACAAACGGGCGCUUACAGCGCAGGCAAUGGUUGGACUCAACCCCCGAACUAUCAAAACUAUCAGCAGUGGACUGGAUAUGGAUACCCACCACAGGGUUGGGCUCAAGGAUACUCUUAUGGUCCUUAUAAUACGAGUUAUCCGGGCUAUGGACAGGGGAGCGGACAGAACCCGGCGAACGCCAGCCAAACACCUGUGGCACAGACGCCCAUUGGGGCCAACGCUGCCGGCACUGUGGCAGCCGUUGGAGCCUAUAUGCCGGCCGCUGGCGUUAAUACAACCAUAACUCCCGCACAAGUUAUAUCGAAUGUCGGCUCUUCUGCACCGCAAACGAGUGGCACAUACCCUCAGGAGGCUUCCAGUUAUGGUCCGGCGAGAGUUGGCAGUUAUACAAGUGCUCCCAAUUAUGCCAACUAUGCACUGCAAGGAGGGGGCGACGCACCGACCGCGUCGAGCAAUGCUUACGGCUCGGCCAACGCGGCCAAUGCCAGCUCCGCUCCUUAUACUAGAGCUUCAUCUCAAGCACAGGGCUAUCAUCCGUACAGAAGAGUUUGAAUCGAUUUCAUGUCAUGCUUUGUCUGAAUCGAUGCGCACAACGACUCGAGAAACACAAUUAAUAUAACUUUUAUUGUAGUUUUUCUUAUUUUUAAAUCAUUUAUAAAUUAUUAGAUUUUAUGACAUAAUUGGAGCACAAAGUAGUGGUAUUAGAGUUGCUGUCCUUUCGGGCACUCUUUAGACCCGAAUAUUCUUCCCGACGAUUCUUCUCUUCGAACAAAAUGCAUGUAUUAUAUUAUAAUUGACGACUCAUUAACAGGGCUUACAUUCCGAUUACCAUUUGUUAUAUCGUUUAUUACUACUUAUGAUUUUGAUUAACGCUUGACAACAAUUAGUGUAAAUUAAUUGGACUUUCUUUUUAAUCAUUUUAUUAUUAAUUAUAUAAUAAAGUAUUCAUUCAUUAUUAUUAUUAUCUCAAUAUAUUGUGUAACCUUUUUUUGAUACAAAAUAAAUUUUCAAAACAAAAUUAAAAA